AUGGAGACACAACCGCCAAUUAAGGAUGAGGAGACACCUAUGUCUAAAGGGCCACCACGCAGACAAAAGACGAAAGUCUUUAAGAAAGGCUCGAAAGGGUCUGAGAACACUGCCGCCCCUCCGCUUCCCCCACGCGAUCCAAACGCAACGGGACCGAAGCCGACUAGAUUGUCUACUGUAGCAACAAAACCAAAGAAUGAACCUAUGUUUUCGGACAUAGACAUGAUGGGUUUUCCAGGCGUAGCUCCCUACCGCAGGACUAACGAAUUCGCUGUUACCACAGAAGGUUAUAUACCACUGUGCGAGAAAGAAUAUGAUAUUAUCGCAACUCAACAGCCAUACUUCGCUAAGUCAGUCCCUAAGUCGGCAUGGGUUUACUAUUGUGUUAUGGGCUUAUAUGCCCGCCUGAUUACACUGAAACAGGAAGAUGGGGACUCGACAUAUGACGAGGACACAUUUGCAGGUCAAGUUCUUUCCGGGAACCACCAGCUCCCAGCACCCAUUGAGGCUUACAUUAAAGCCUUAGGACACGUAAUUGAUAGUACUUCUAUCAGGUAC